UGGACCACAACCGGGAAUCUGAAAUUUAUGUGUCGGCUACAUUGCUCGAAAGCGUACCUAAAGGAUCUCACCUGCUCGACUUUACCGAAAUGAAAGGAUUCGAUUUCGCAACCUCUACCAACAGUUCUUUCAACGCUAGCUCGGCCGCUCACUGCGCUGAACUUUGCGACUAUGAGGAAAAGUUUGAGUGCCAAUCGUUUUCGUUUUGUAAGAAUCAUUUCCUGGACAAGGAAUGCAUGCUCUACCCUUGGCAUCCUUACAUGACCAUGCAACCGAUCUUACCAAGCCCCUCGUGCAGCAUACACAUGCGCACGGUAUUGGAAACGCAGCCCCAAAAGCGAAACAGGCAUGCUUAUAUCGCGCUGGAGAAUGAUGUAUUCCUUGGCAAUUUCGUAGUUUCUAUUAAAUCGGAUGGAACGGCAUACACGUAUAGAGGACUGACGGUGACGUUGUUUGAGGAACCUGGUAAAGCAGUGGAGGAAUACACGCUGGGCAUGAACGACACCUUCAUACAACGAAGGCGAGCAAUCGCCGCAGCGGCAUCUCUGCUGAGGAAUGUGCCGCGAAUGCAGCGCGCCCUCGAUACUCAGUGCAACGCCUUCAGCUACUGUGGCGCCACCAAGGAGUGUCGGCGCACGAGCAAGUUCUUCCAUACGAUCACGGAUGCGGAUGUGACGACGAAGAACCGUGUUCAGUGUACGGACGUACGUAUACACGAGCGUGCGUUCGUUUAG